GCAUACCCGCCGUUUCGAAUAAAGUUAUAAAUAAGUCUACUUGAACAUUUUCUUGGAUUUCAACCCAUAGUCAAGAAUGUUCCAAAAUCCCCAGAACUUCGAAAUCUUAACCCCCGCAAAAGGCCAGACCACUCUCAGGGACAUCCUGCACCAGCAGGGGUGACGAACGCCUUCGCCGCAGACCCAGUGCUGAAACCCACUGCUGUGGAUGAAGUCGCGGACACGUAAGGCUAAUUGGGGUCCAGCUUAUUUGACGACGACUGCAAAGGAUUUCGCCUUCGUUCUACGUUGCAUUGUACAAAGGAAUCGCAUACAAUCAAAGACUUCCAGACGACCAUUGUCCCACUCCGACUCUGUACAUUGAACAUUCACCUCCACUUCAUGCCUCAGCGGUAGGCCCAGCUCAACGACAGCAUAUCUGCUGCUCGUUAUACAUACCAGAGAGACGCUCGAUGGCUUGGCCACGCCUCUCACGGUCUGCCAGUCCAGGGCCGGGACAGACCUUACUACCGUUGGCAAAUCUGCCAACCAUCAAUGCCGCCAAUUCAGAACCACCCUCGCGGCCUCGAUCUAGGAACAGGUCUAGCUCCCGCAGCAGACAACAUUCGCGGUCAUCUUCGUCCGUCGCAAAGUCAAUAGCAGACGAGUUCUCAAACCUCACUCCAACCGAAACCGCUGAGCGACUUCAAACCUCGCUGAGCACCGGCCUCUCACCCGCCGAAGCCCUCUCUCGAUUACACGACCAAGGCCCCAAUGAACUUCCCCACGAAGAGCCCGAACCAUUAUGGCUACGAUUCUUAAAACAGUUUAAAGAGCCCCUCAUCGUCCUUCUGCUAUGUUCCGCAGGCGCAUCGGUAUUGGUUGGGAAUAAAGAUGAUGCGAUCAGCAUUGCGGUAGCGGUUACAAUCGUCGUUUCGGUAGGAUUUAUACAGGAAUACAGGUCAGAAAAAUCUAUAGAGGCCCUGAGCCACUUGGUUCCAAACCAUGCACAUCUCAUUCGAGGGGAGGUGUCGAGGACAUCCAGCCAACGAACACCAACAUGGCCACCAACCACCGGAGUUCCCCAAGAGAGUGAAGCAUUAAUGGAUUCGUCAUCUUCGGAUGACUCUGAAGCAAAGGUCGAGGCGAUAUCGAGUAAGGUUAUGGCAGCACAAUUGGUUCCGGGGGAUUUGGUCAUAUUUACGACCGGAGAUCGAAUACCUGCAGAUAUUCGGGUUACAAAAGCCUCCGAUUUAACGAUCGAUGAAUCCAAUUUGACGGGAGAAAACGAGCCUGUGAGGAUCACAGCAGAAGCAAAAGGCAGAAACACAAAUGCAUAUUUGCAGAGAGGCGCAUCGAGUUUAGAGCCGCCUGGGUCACCUGUGUACGCAUCGGCAGGCAGUGGUACUGUUGGAGCGGACACACAAUUAAACAGCACGACAAAUAUCGCAUUCAUGGGUACCCUGGUUAGGUCUGGGCAUGGGCAAGGAAUUGUGUAUGCCACUGGAGGGAACACUCAUUUUGGCACCAUUGCGGCCAGUGUCACAGAGACGGAAAGUCCAAGAACUCCUCUCCAACUUUCGAUGGACUCUCUUGGAUCACAACUAAGCCAGGCUUCAUUUGCGAUUAUUGGAGUGAUAUCCUUGGUUGGAUGGUUUCAAGGAAAGGGUCUUUUGGAGAUCUUUACCAUUUCGAUAUCUUUGGCCGUUGCAGCUAUUCCGGAAGGUCUUCCUAUUAUUGUGACGGUCACCCUGGCAUUGGGUGUGCAUAGAAUGGCUCGCCACAAUGCCAUUGUGCGAAAAAUGCCAAGUGUGGAGACUUUAGGAUCUGUCAAUGUGGUAUGUAGUGAUAAAACAGGAACACUUACAAUGAACCACAUGUCUACAACCAAAAUGUGGUACUUUGAAGCUGAAGCGCCUAUCCACGUGGAUACAAUUGAUGAGGCAACAGAAGGAAAACCUAAUCCCGUGACGUUACGGAUUCUCCGCAUUGGCAAUGUCGCGAACAAUGGACGCCUCACCCGCAAUCAAGCCCAGCCACAGUCAGCGUCAUCCGUGGCUAUUUUGUCAUCGACCCAGGGACGCUCUGGAACAUUCAGAAGUAGAUGGGUUGGACAACCCACAGACGUGGCUAUGCUUGACCUGCUUGACAGGUUUAAGGAACAUGAUGUUCGAGAUGGCUUCGGUCAUCGCUUGGGAGAAACCCCCUUUAGCUCAGAGAGAAAAUGGAUGGGUGUCACUGUUGGCGAUACAAAUCCCGAUGGGAUCUCUAGCUCAAAGGAAGUAGCAUACAUCAAAGGAGCUGUGGAUCGCGUAUUACAAAGGUGCGAUACUUAUCUAACGAAAGAUGGGCGAGAGGUUGUUCUGGAUACUGCUCGAAGACAAGAGGCUUUGGAUGCAGCCGAAAAAUUAGCUGAGGAAGGUCUCCGAGUUCUUGGUUUCGCCAGUGGUCCUGUCCCAAAACACUCUAAGUCAAUAACGCAAAGUCGAAGUUCAACACCAGUGACGAAAACGGCGGAGCCAUUGAUUUCACACAACGAAGAUGUUUAUAAAGGUCUCACGUUCGCUGGACUUGUGGGAAUGAGCGACCCGCCAAGAAAAGGGGUUCAGAAAUCCAUCCGACGAUUAAUGCGAGGAGGCGUCAAGAUCAUUAUGAUCACCGGUGAUGCUGAAACCACGGCAUUGGCUAUCGGAAAGAAGCUUGGAAUGGCCAUCGCGACUCCUCGAGAACACACAGCAAGUUCAGUGGCCGUAAAGCCAGUCCUACGAGGUGAUGAGAUCGAUGUAAUGUCUGAUGAAGAGCUCGAAGCAGCAAUUGCCAACACAUCAAUCUUCGCCAGGACAAGCCCAGACCACAAGAUGAGAAUCAUUCGAGCCUUACAAGCCCGAGGUGAUAUCGUUGCCAUGACUGGAGAUGGUGUGAACGAUGCACCCGCGCUGAAGAAAGCAGACAUUGGCAUUUCAAUGGGUCUCCAAGGAACCGACGUCGCCAAAGAAGCUGCAGACAUGAUUCUGACGGAUGACGAUUUCUCCACGAUUCUCCACGCCAUCGAAGAAGGCAAAGGCAUCUUCAACAACAUCCAAAACUUCCUUACUUUCCAACUGAGCACCAGCGCCGCUGCACUCAGCUUGGUUUUCUUCUGCACGUGUCUAGGGUUCAAGAACCCUUUGAACGCGAUGCAGAUCUUGUGGAUCAACAUCAUAAUGGACGGCCCUCCUGCCCAAUCCCUCGGCGUCGAACCCGUCGACCCAGACGUCAUGACGCGCCCCCCACGAAAACGCAACGCCCCCGUCCUAACCUGGCCCCUCAUCACCCGCGUGCUCACCUCAGCAUCCAUAAUCAUGCUCGGUACGAUGGCCGUGUACACGCACGAAAUGCUCACCGACGGCGAAAUCACAAAACGAGACACAACCAUGACCUUCACCUGCUUCGUGCUCUUCGACAUGUUCAACGCCCUCAAUUGCCGCUCGGAAUCAAAGUCCGUGUUACGGGGAGAGGUGGGGCUGUUCAGUAACACGCUGUUUAAUUGGGCGGUCAGUUUAAGUUUGGCCGGCCAAGUCAUGGUUAUUUAUUUCCCAUGGCUGCAGGAUGUGUUUCAGACUGAGGCGUUGGGGAUUUGGGAUCUUUUGGGACUGGUGGUGUUGACUAGUUCUGUGUUCUGGGUGGAUGAGGGAAGGAAGUGGUGGAAGUCCAAGGGCAGGAGGAGGUUGGGGAGUGGGUAUAGCCAGGUUGUUUAGUUGGGUGGGUGCGGAUGACUGGGUGACGGAGAUGUGCAUUUUCGGCGUAAGGACAGAGGAAAUAAGUGUUGAUAAACAGAAAAUAAAAGAUACGGUUAGGUGGAGGCAUUGUAUACAUAGUUUGAAUUAAGCGCGCAUAGAUUCCCAGCCCCGCCUUUACC